AUGUUUGUUUCUGCUUUUAUUAAAGGGGGACAGUAUUCUUUUGGCAGGUGGUUACCUAAGGCUAUGGCUGCUCCAACUCCUGUUAGUUGUUUGGUUCAUAGUAGAACAUUGGUAACGGCCGAAGUUAUAUUG